AUGGAUAGGAGUGUGGGUGACAUAGAAAACGGAGAUGCUUUCCUUGACUUGAAGAAGCAACUGGCCUCCAAAUCCCCCCAUCGCUAUACAAAAGAGGAGCUCUUGGAUAUAAAAGAACGCCCUCAUUCCAAACAAAGGCCUUCGUGCCUCUCUGAAAAAUAUGACAGUGAUGGUGUCUGGGACCCUGAGAAGUGGCAUGCCUCUCUGUACCCAGCUUCCGGGAGGAGCUCCCCAGUGGAAAGUGUGAAAAAAGAGUUGGAUACAGACCGGCCUUCCCUGGUGCGCAGGAUAGUAGAUCCACGAGAGCGCCUGAAAGAAGAUGACUUAGAUGUUGUUCUCAGCCCCCAGAGGCGAAGCUUUGGAGGGGGUUGCCACGUCACAGCCGCUGUUAGCUCUCGGCGCUCAGGGAGCCCAUUGGAGAAGGACAGUGAUGGCCUUCGCCUGAUUGGAGGACGAAGAAUUGGCAGUGGGAGGAUCAUCUCUGCCAGGAACUUCGAGAAGGACCACCGUCUUAGCGACAAGGACCUGCGGGACUUGAGAGACAGAGACCGAGAGAGGGACUACAAGGACAAGCGUUUCCGGAGGGAGUUUGGGGAUAGUAAGCGUGUCUUUGGUGAGCGUAGAAGAAACGAUUCCUACACAGAAGAAGAACCAGAAUGGUUCUCAGCUGGACCCACAAGUCAGUCUGAAACCAUUGAGCUGAUUGGCUUUGAUGAUAAGAUACUGGAAGAAGACCACAAGGGGAGAAAAAGAACAAGGCGACGGACAGCCUCUGUGAAGGAAGGCAUAGUCGAAUGCAAUGGAGGAGUGGCCGAAGAAGACGAGGUGGAGGUCAUCCUUGCACAGGAGCCUGCUGCAGAUCAGGAAGUGCCGAGGGAUGCCGUCUUGCCUGAGCAGUCCCCAGGAGAAUUUGACUUUAACGAGUUCUUUAACCUUGAUAAGGUGCCGUGCUUAGCUUCGAUGAUAGAAGACGUUUUGGGAGAAGGGUCAGUCUCUGCCAGUCGAUUCAGUAGGUGGUUCUCUAACCCAAGCCGAUCAGGAAGCAGAUCCAGCAGUCUUGGUUCAACACCACAUGAAGAACUGGAGAGACUUGCAGGUCUGGAGCAAGCCAUCCUCUCUCCUGGACAGAAUUCGGGGAAUUAUUUUGCUCCUAUACCAUUGGAAGACCAUGCUGAAAAUAAAGUGGAUAUUUUAGAAAUGCUACAGAAAGCCAAAGUGGAUUUAAAACCUCUUCUUUCCAGCCUUUCUGCAAACAAAGAAAAACUUAAAGAGAGCUCACAUUCAGGGGUUGUACUUUCAGUGGAAGAAGUAGAAGCAGGGCUCAAGGGCUUGAAGGUGGACCAGCAACUGAAGAAUUCAACUCCUUUCAUGGCAGAACACUUAGAGGAGACUCUGAGUGCUGUUACCAGCAAUCGGCAGCUCAAAAAAGAUGGCGAUAUGACUGCGUUCAACAAGCUAGUGAGCACCAUGAAGGCAAGUGGGACUUUGCCUUCUCAGCCCAAAGUCAGCCGAAACCUUGAUAGCCAUUUGAUGUCCCCUGCUGAGAUUCCAGGCCAGCCCGUCUCCAAGAACAUCCUGCAGGAACUUCUGGGUCCACCAGUUCAGAGACCUGCUUCUUCCAACCUUCUGAGCGGCCUUAUGGGGAGCCUGGAGCCUUCAUCUCUACUGGGCCAAAGAGCGCCAUCUCCUCCCUUGUCACAGGUGUUUCAGACACGAGCAGCCUCAGCAGACUACCUUCGUCCUCGAAUACCAUCACCAAUUGGUUUCUCCCCAGGACCACAGCAGCUACUCGGAGAUCCAUUCCAAGGCAUGCGCAAGCCCAUGAGCCCUGUCACGGCCCAGAUAAGCCAGCUAGAGCUGCAGCAGGCGGCAGCUGUGGAGGGGCUGGCCCUGCCACACGACCUUGCAGUGCAGGCAGCAAACUUCUAUCAGCCUGGCUUUGGCAAACCACAGGUGGACAGAACCAGAGAUGGAUUCAGAAACAGGCAACAGCGAGUGACCAAGUCACCAGCACCCGUGCACAGAGGGAGUUCCUCUUCCCCUGCCCCUGCUGCCUCCAUCACAAGCAUGCUUUCUCCUUCCUUCACCCCUACCUCAGUGAUUCGUAAGAUGUAUGAGAGCAAAGAGAAGAGCAAGGAGGAGCCAGCAUCUGGAAAAGCAGUUCUUGGUGACAAUAAAGAAGACACUCAGAAGGCCAGUGAAGAGAACCUCCUGUCAUCCAACUCUGUGCCCAAUGCUGAUCGAGACUAUUCUGCCACAAAUCCCAAACUGUCAACAUUGCAGCGGUCUUCCUGUUCCACCCCACUGUCCCAGACCAACCGUUACACCAAAGAACAAGACUACCGACCUAAAGCAGCUGGGAGGAAAACGCCCACCCUGGCACCCCCAGUCCCAGGAACACCUUUUCUCCGUCCUGUCCACCAAGUUCCCCUUGUCCCCCAUGUCCCAAUUGUUCGACCUGCUCACCAGCUUCACCCAGGGUUGGUCCAAAGGAUGCUGGCUCAGGGGAUACAUCCACAACAUCUUCCAAGUUUGCUACAAGCUGGUGUGCUUCCUCCUGGGAUGGAUCUGGCUCAUUUACAGGGAAUAUCUAGCCCAAUCCUGGGUCAACCCUUUUACCCUUUACCUGCUGCUAAUCACCCUCUCCUAAACCCUCGUCCUGGGACCCCUCUGCAUCUGGCAAUGAUGCAACAGCAGCUACAGCGUUCAGUUCUUCAUCCUCCAGGCUCUGGUGCCCAGGCAGCAGCUGUCAGUGUUCAGGCGACCCCACAGAACGUGCCCAGCCGGUCAAGCCUGCCCCACAUGCACUCCCCACUGGAGCACCGCCCCAGCCAGAGGAGCAGCUCCCCAGUGGGCCUUGCCAAAUGGUUUGGCUCUGAUGUGCUACAGCAGCCCCUGCCCUCCAUGCCCGCCAAAGUCAUCAGUGUGGAUGAAUUAGAAUAUCGACAGUGA